AUGGAGCUUCGCUGUUUUUUGGUGCACUGCGGCAACCCCUCGUUUGGCACCUCUUACGUGGACAUACCGCCACCGCCGUCUUGUGGUUCGGAGCGGCACCACGGCGCCGUCAAAUAUUUGGGUCGACACUCACCGGAACUUUAUUGGCGUCUUGGGAACAAUCCGCGCUAUUCCCGGCGGAUGAUGUCUUUGUGGGUGGAAAACACCUCGCCCGAAGAAAUCCCCUUAACCGCUCGCGUCCAUCCGCAUGUGGCGCAACGUUUGGUGUUGAAGUGUAUUGGAAAGAAUACAAUCACCGUCUCCAGACGCACUGCCGGAGAGAAUCGCGUUCUUCUUCGUUGCAACGAGUCCGUCACACUUCGGGUUGGCGAUAAAGUUGGUGUCGCGCAUCUGGUAUGGAUGCAGGUUGUCUUGGCCCUUGUGUCCGUCAACGGUGCGGUGAAGGCACCGGUUUUGGUGCAGCAGGAAGAAGGCAACGAUGCUCAGUACUUCUCUGCUUGUCGGACACUGUGCCCUCGGUUACAGGAUCCGCCUCUGCCCCCGGUGGUGCGCGUAAAUGUGGCGUGGAUGAAGUUACCUUCCGCCAUCAGGGCUGCGUUGGCAAUCUCUGUGUGGGAACGCCAGUUGGCGGCGGACUCGGGUGCCGUCGCAACAGCAGCCUUGACGAGUUUGAGACCCACAACUUUUGCUGCUUCGCCCGAAGCUGGGGACGGGAUGGAAGAGGCUGCAGCGAUCAGCAACUCAUCGCAGGUAAUUCAGGAGGGCGGAACAAUCACGACGAGCAGCGAAACACGUAGCAAACGCCGACUGCAUGCUUCGCCUUCUGGAAGCCAAGGCGUUGAAUCACAAUUGAUCUCGCUAGAUGUGCCGCCCCCACAAAAGAAACGUCGGACCUCCGUUGCUGAAACGGCUGUUAUGGAUAAUAACUUGCGUGUUACUUUGCCGGAGAACAAUACUUAUUAUGAGACCUUUGAUGAGCGUCUCGAUGAUGCGGUUCGGUUUUUAGAGUCACGCACAGAGAUCACCAAUUCGCUCAUUGCCGCAGGGCCUCCCGUCCCCGAGUUGUUAGGGGAAAGCCCACCAUGUGAAGGAAGAUCUGCGGAAGUGAAAAAAUGGGCUCGUCGAAGCAAAUCUGUUACUGUAAGCCGAACCGAACUGCGACACGGAAACAAACAGAAGGAGAAGGAGUUACAGCUCUCUUCUGGCCACGUAGAAGGAGAAGCAGCGGGCGGUAAGAAUCCUUUUGCUGGCGAGUCACAGGUCGUGUACUAUCGUCGCUAG